AUGUCUAUCUAUCUAUCUAUCUAUCUAUCUAUCUAUCUAUCUAUCUAUCUAUCUAAGUCUAUUCCAAGAUAUAUGACGUUUUCUUUCUUAAGCAUUACCUUUUAUUUAUCUAAUCUAUCUAUCUAUCUAUCUAUCUAUCUAUCUAUCUAUCUAUCUAUCUAUCUAUCUAAGUCUAUUCCAAGAUAUCCGACACUUUCUUUAGCAUUCCCUUUUAUUUAUCUGUUUAUUUUCAUAUCUAUGGAUGGAACUCAAUUUCUUUCAUUCUUUCUUUUUUUUUAUUUUCUUUCUGGAACUUACCUUUUUUAUCUAUCUAUCUAUCUAUCUAUCUAUCUAUCUAUCUAUCUAUCUAUCUAUCUAUCUAUCUAUCUAUCUAUCUAUCUUCUUUUUUCUAUGUUCAUAAUUAUCUGCCUUAAAUUAUUAUUAUCUAUCUAUCUAUCUAUCUAUCUAUCUAUCUAUCUAUCUAUCUAUCUAUCAGUCUUUUUAGAUAUAUCACUGUUUGCAUCUAUCUAUCUAUCUAUCUAUCUAUCUAUCUAUCUAUCUAUCUAUCUAUCUAUCUUUUUAGAUAUAUCUCUGUUUGCAUCUAUCCAUCUAUCAAUCUAUCUAUCAGUCUUUUUAGAUAUAUCUCCGUUUGCAUCUAUCUAUCUAUCUAUCUAUCUAUCUAUCUAUCUAUCUAUCUAUCUAUCUAUCUAUCUAUCUAUCCCAGUCUUUCCAUUAUCUAUCUAUCUAUCUAUCUAUCUAUCUAUCUAUCUAUCUAUCUAUCUAUCGAAACGGGUAUUUCACCUGAGAGAGGAUCUGCACUGGUUGCUAAGCAGUUCUAAAGAUUUGAUAUUUGCACUCAUUUCUUUCUUUCUUUCUUUCUUUCUUUCUUUCUUUCUUUCUUUCUUCUUUCUUUCUUUCUUUCUUUCUAUUCCCCAAUUUCACCCAUUUUUCUUUUGUUCUUUCUUCCUUUCUUUCUUUCUUUCUAUUCCCCAAUUUCACCCAUUUUUCUUUUGUUCUUUCUUCCUUUCUUUCUUUCUUUUCCCCAAUUUCACCCAUUUUUCUUUCAAUUUCACUCAUUUUUCUUUCUUUUUAUCACUGAAUUUCACUCAUUUUCUUUUUUACUUUCUUUCUUUCAAUUUCACUUAUCUUCUUUUUUUCCCUCAAUUUCACUCAUUUUUUCUUUCUUUCUUUCUUUCUUUCUUUCUUUCUUUCUUUAUACCACUUAAUUUUAUUCAUUCUCUUUCUAUCCUUCUUUCUUUCACUCAAUUGCAGUCAUUUGCUUUCAUUCCGUCUUUCUUUCAAUUUUACACAUUUUCUUUCAUUCUUUCAAUUUCACUCAUUUCUUUCUUUUUUUCUCUCUUUCCAUUUCUCAUUUUCAUCCAUUUUUCUUUCUUUCUAUCCCUGAAUUUCACUCAUAUUUCACUCUUUCUUUCUUUCACCAAACUUCUGGCCCAGAAGCCCUUUUUCACCCCCACGCACUCGUCUCUUCCUUUCGACUGCCGCUACCUUUUCACAAGCGUGCCAUCCCUCCCAAAUUCUUGUCUCUUUUCCCAUCCAACUUUCUCUAACGGCACCUCCUAUUCUUUUUGGUGUGACUUUCAUUCAGCCCAUAUUCAGGGAGCUAGUUUCUGCUGA